GGCUGGAUACACACUGGAAGAUCAGGGUGGUUGUGAGCCGAUGGAGACUGUAAAUGAAACAGAAGCAGGUAGAGUUGGCAAAGAUGCAGUCAUUGCAGAGCAGGCAAAAAAUAAUGAAUAUUGCCUUCAAGAUAUUGAUGAUAAGUUGUCCAAAUCAACAGAUGAUGGUGGUAAAGAUGAUACCAAUGGUGAAGAUAAUGAUGAAGACAGUAACCCUAAUAAGGAUACUCAUGCCCCAUUAGAGUUAAUGGCAGAAUUCCUGAGAGCAGAAAUGAACCAAGACUAUCAUUUGGCAAAAAAAUUAUGUCAGAUGAUUCUAAUCUAUGAACCAGAAAAUCCUGAGGCCAAGGAGUUUUUCUCACUUAUUGAAGAAAUGUUGCUGAUGGAGAAAGCUCAAAAUCUUGAGGAAGAUGAUGAAGAUAGUGAAGACGACAGUAGCGGUGCAAGUGAAGGGGAGAGCAGUGAGGGUCUAAGUGAAGAAAGCUCCGAUGAAUGUGAAGAUGGGUGAUGAACGCUGCCGCUAUGGUUUACUCUUCACGUAUUUUCAUUUCUGUAUAUCAUGGAAAUAUAAAGAAGAGAGCUGCAUUUUGCUCUAAUUGUUCUUUAUUUGGUACAGAGUUCUUUUAAUUUAUCCAAGUUAGUUUGAGUUCCUUCAUAAUAUUUAGGUCUUACUUUAAUGUGAGUUACUCAGAGGAAAAUAGUCAAUAGAAAACACUUACAUAGCACUAACUAUGUGCCAGGUACUGUUCUACAUACAUCAAUUUACUUAACCCAGCAGACCCAUUGGGUAAGUACUAGUAUUAUCUGCAAUUGACAGAUGAGAAAACUGAGGUACAGAGAAGGUGAGUAGUUUGCCCAGCAUCAUACACCUGUUGAGUGGUAGAGCCUGGAUUUGUACGUGGACGUUAUGGCUGCAGAAUCUAUACUCUUAGCCCGUCCCUUGACCACCACUUCAGGCACUUUAACCUCCUUGGUUUUAUGUUCUUUAUGGCAUGUAUCAGUACCUGAAAUUCUUAUUUAAUAUUCGUUCUUGUCAUCUUUUCCCUUUCUGUCAGAAAAUGUAACCUCCAUGAAGUAGGACUUGAU